UGGUAGUGGUAGUGGUAGUGGUAGCGAGCGUGAGAGGUAGCACUUCUUCUUCCAAGUGGCACGGGAGAAGAGGGAGGAGUAGUGGAGGAGGCUGAUGUUAUAUGAGUGAGUCUGAGGGUGGAUGCGAGUAUGCAGUAGUGGUGAUCGAAUGACGGCGGAUUCCACUAUGGACUUUGGGGGACCAGGACAUGGGGGUCCAUCACAUAUAAAAUAAAAAUGGAGGGAGAGGACGAUCGAUGUGGAACUACGCAAGUGGCGGGUGGGUGUGCGAGUGGUGGGAAAGAAGAGAAGAGAAAAGCAGCAGCAGCGGAGUAGUGGAGUGGUGCUGAGGAUCGAGGAGAGUGAGUGAGUGAGGUGAGGUGAGGUGCGGUACCCAGGUCUAAGUUACUACUCGGGGCAAAAGGCGCACGGCUGCUGGGAACUGGGACUGGGACUGGGACAGGGACUGGGAGUUUGGCGUCUGGCGAAGGCUAGAUACUCCGUACAGUAGGGUACCUAGGUGAGGUAGGUUAGGUUGGGUUGCUGGGAAGAGAGGUGGAGCAGACUUUCACACUCGGGGGCACUGUUUUUGUGAUAUCGGCCAGGGGUGCUUGUCGGGGCGGGGGGGGGGGGGGGUACUGGUAGUGGAUGCAGAGGGAAAAUAACGAAGGGAAGUAAAGCCGUCCGUCGGAGCAGGAUAUGGACGGACGAGGGGUAAGCGUGAGCGUGUUUAGCUGGCUGGAUAGAUAGACCUGACCUGAUGUGAAGUAACGAGAAAAGAGCAGCGAAGAUGAAGAGGAAGAGGCAGAGGCAGACGCAGAGGCAGACGCAGAGACCAGGGUCGAGAGGACCGACGGUGGUCGACAGAUCGAGCGACGGUGCGAGACUGCAACAGCAACUGAAGCGAAAGCACUGAAGGCACGCUUACGCUAGGCCAGGGUGUCUUCGGGGCAGCUAGAGCUAGGCUAGAGGGGGCUACAGGCCACAGGUACGGUGGGACCCGCGAAUAGGCAGGCAGGUCUGCGACUGGACAGCUGGACAGCUGGACAGGCUCUGAUGCUUGGGUGGGUUGGUGCUGGUGCUGGUACUGGUACUGGUGCUGGCGAUAUGAGAUGGGAUGGGAUGGGAUGGGAUGGGAUGGGAUGGGAUGGGAGGAAGGGGAGGGAUGAGAUGAGGGACAAGGCCGGGGGCCUGGAGCUGGAGCUGGAGCUGGAGCUGGAGCUGGAGCUGGAGCUGGAGCUGGAGCUGGACCGCGGCUGCAGGUAAAAGCAGCGUCGCCGGCUUGGACGUGCUGGUGCUGGUGCUGGUGCUGGUGCUUGCGUGACGACUGAGCCACAGUACACUCCCUACCUACUUCUACUCUCGCUACUCCACUGUUGCCCAUGCCCGUAUGCCCAUGCCCAAGCUCAUGGAGGAAAUGAUUUUCGAUCGCUGUGGCGAAAAGCCCAUGCCUAUUGCGUCGCUCUGCCAAGCACCCUCAGGACAGGCUCGACACGACAGGGGCCUGGGGAAAGACGGAAGCGAACCUUUGGAGGUGGCUGUUGGUGCUGGGCUUAGCUGGGCAGCUGGGCUGGGGUGGGGUG